GUGCAGGCUGGCGUUGAUCGAUGGUCUCUGAUUAAAGACGAAGGCGAGGUGUCGAUGAGGCGGUUUGGAGUCAUGUGACUGCGGGACGUCGCUGAGCAUCACUUCGUUAAGGACCAGCACGAGGACAGACGCGAGCUUCACCUGAGGACAGCAGGCAGCGCGUGCAGACUCAUUACAUUCCCGGAGGAGGAAGUGGAAGAGGAGGAUCAUUUCAGAUGAUUAGCCCUGGGCUCUGAUUGGUUGUCUCUCCCUGCAGACAUCAUGCUGGGAGUCACCGAGGCGGUGACCCAGACGACCAAUCGAAGUGACCUGUACUGCGCGCUGCCGCAUGGUGAGGGCCGCCUGCCGCUGGUGCUGCUGUACAGCGCCGUGCUGCUGGUCGGUCUGCCCGCCAACCUGUUGACGGUCCUCCUCACGGGGUUGCAGGUGCGCAGGAAGAAUGUGCUGGGCGUGUACCUGUGCAGCCUGUCAGUCUGUGACCUCACCUACCUGGGGACGCUGCCGCUGUGGGCGAUCUACGUGAACCACGGUCACGUGUGGCCAUGGUCGUCAGCGGUCUGCAAGCUGACGGGCUACAUCUUCUUCAACAACAUGUACAUCAGCAUCUUCCUGCUCUGCUGCGUCUCCUUCGACCGCUGUGUCGCCGUUGUCUACAGCCUGGAGUCCCGUGGCCUGCGGCGGCAACGCCACGCCGCCUUUGUCGUUCUUGCCAUCAUCCUGGUGGUGGCCAUCGGGCACACCCCGGUCUUCACCAUGAGGGAGGGCGCCACAGAGGCUUUGCGUCGCUGCUUCGAGCCGAGUCAGAGCAGUGCGACGGUGACAGGCUUCAACUACGCUCGCUUCGUCAUCGGCUUCCUGCUCCCGCUGCUGUUGCUGGUCGUCACCAACCGCGGCAUCCUGGCUAAUGUGCAGCGCAGCACAGGGCUGCAGUCGGCACAAAAACGCCGUGUCCGGCACUUGGCCGUGGGUGUGGUGGUUCUGUUCCUGGUGUGCUUUGCCCCGUACCACGUGAUCCUACUGGUCCGAGGCGUCAUCUUCCACUUCCCGCAGCUUGACAACUGCUCGUUUCAGAAGGCCAUGUACACACCCUACACCAUCUCGCUGGGCCUGUCCACCAUCAACAGCGCUGUCAACCCAAUCCUGUACGUCUUGUCAAGCAACAACAUCCGAAAGGAUCUACGGCGAGGACUUGCACAGAUCUGUGGCAGGGUGCUGGUGAGAACUCCGUCCAGCACCACCCAGAACAAAAUCCAGCCGAUCAACAACUCUUUAGAGCUCAACACGGGCAGCGAGAGGCUGGCAGCAGGAAAACCACCCGGAACCUGAGGUAGCGGUUCCACGACACUGCAGUGUCCUGCAGUGUCCGCAGAGGGCCAGGACCAAGAACCGGGGGACUUUGAGUGCUACGUAUGCACAGAAAAACAAAAACAGAAAUGUUUGGAAUGAGAACUUUAGAGACAGAAGCUAGAGUAACGAAGGUGACACAAACACUGCUGUGUUGCACACCGUCAGCCUCCCUGCUGCCAUGUGUUAGACUGAAACAGCAGGAUCGUUUCUGACGCGUGGCCACUCCUGUAGACACAGAAACAUGUAACUGCAUCUCAAACAUUCACACCUGCAGGGAACUAGCAGGCCAAUCAGAGCUCACAGUAACGAUGUGACUCAGCUGUCACUGAUAUCUGAUUAUUGAUCACAUAUCUGUGUCCAAAUGAACUCAUUUUUAUUCCCAUUUCACCUGGUCAGGUGUUCAGAAGGUUCACAGUUCACCUGCUGGGUUCCAUCAGAAGCAGCUUUUGUGUGCACUAAGGAGCUGUUCAUGUCCUAUCUGUUGUUGAGGGGACACUUUUUACUGUAGCACUUCAACCGGACAGACAGGUGACCUCAGAUUAUUGUUUUCUCUGAACCGUAGAUACAUCACACACCUGGUCUCACAGUUUUUAAACUGUAUUCAGUCACUGGCUAAUGUCUUCUGUCAUCAUUAAAAAAUGUAAAUUAUU